AUGGUCAAGGCCGUCGCUGUCCUCCGUGGAGACUCCAAGGUCUCCGGCACUGUCACCUUCGAGCAGCCCGACGAGAACUCGCCCACCACCAUCUCCUGGAACAUCACCGGCCACGACCCCAACGCAGAGCGUGGUUUCCACGUCCACCAGUUUGGUGACAACACCAACGGCUGCACUUCUGCCGGUCCUCACUUCAACCCUUACGGCAAGACCCACGGUGCUCCUACCGAUGCUGAGCGCCACGCUGGUGACCUGGGCAACAUCAAGACUGACGCUAAUGGCAACUCUGUCGGUUCCAUCACGGACAACCAGAUCAAGCUGAUUGGCGCUGAGAGCGUUCUUGGCCGCACCAUUGUCGUGCACGCCGGUACUGAUGACCUCGGCCGUGGCGGCAACGAGGAGUCCAAGAAGACCGGUAACGCUGGUGCUCGCCCUGCUUGCGGUGUUAUUGGUAUUGCCGCAUAA